GCUGCGCGUUCUGCUCCCUAAUUGAACAAACCAACUGUCAUUAGAUGACGUAUCCUUGCGUCAUACGUAGACUCAGGAGGAAAGAAGCAUGGCCGCGGUACUGAGAGGUUCUCGGUAUCUAGUGGGGAGGUGUAGCAAGAAUGUUGACUUUGUCUUUGUCUCCACUAGGUCUAUGGCCUCUAAGACACCUGUGGGCUUUAUUGGUCUGGGCAAUAUGGGAAACCCCAUGGCAAAGAACUUGCUGAAGAACGGGUAUCCGAUUAUUGCAACAGAUGUGUUUCCAGAAUCCUGCAAAGAAGUACAAGAGCUGGGAGCCCAGAUUGUAGAUAAUCCUGCUGACGUUGCCGAUAAGGUUGACCGUAUAAUUACGAUGCUCCCGUCCAGUCCUAAUGUCGUUGAUGUGUACACAGGACCAAAUGGCAUCCUCAAAAAGGUGAAGAAAGGCUCCCUCCUCAUUGACUCCAGCACCAUCGACCCUUCAGUUUCAAAGGACAUGGCUGGAGCAGCAGAGAAGAUGGGUGCAGUUUUUAUGGAUGCCCCUGUAUCAGGAGGUGUUGGUGCUGCCAGUUCUGCCAAACUGACUUUUAUGGUUGGAGGAGCAGAGGAGGAAUUUACUGCGGCCAAAGAACUGCUCAGCUGCAUGGGAGCUAACGUCGUGUACUGCGGUCAAGUCGGAACUGGACAGGCUGCUAAGAUAUGCAACAACAUGCUCUUAGCCAUUGGAAUGAUCGGUACUUCAGAGACGAUGAACUUGGGGAUCAGACUCGGUCUCGAUCCCAAACUUUUGGCCAAGAUCCUGAACAUGAGUUCGGGUCGGUGCUGGUCCAGUGACACCUACAACCCCGUACCAGGAGUUAUGGAGGGAGUUCCCUCUGGAAAUAACUACCAGGGAGGCUUCGGCACUCAGCUGAUGGCUAAGGACCUGGGGCUCGCACAGAACACGGCCACAAACACAAAAAGUCCCGUCCCCCUGGGCUCCUUAGCUCACCAGAUCUACCGUAUGAUGUGUGCACGUGGUUAUGCCAAUAAAGAUUUCUCCUCCGUUUUCCAGUUCCUGCGUGAGGAGGACAGCCAGUAACGGCAGCCUCCUCUGAGACCUGUCCCUGCUCAGGACUGUAGUGGUGAAGUUAGGGUGCCCAUCACCCUGGGAACUUUCUUUCUUUUUCAUUUUUUUUUAAAUCUCUUAUUGGUCAAAGUUGUGAAUGAUGAAGAGCUGUAAUGAGCAGCAGAUACUGUGAGCACUUCUCUCCCAUCAGAAUUGAUCUUUUUCUGUGUGAUCUUUGUAGGAUAAACACUCCACUCAGAUUUGAUAGAUAAGCGAGUUGUCAGAGAGCUAGAUGAGGAUUCAGAAAUUCUGACAGACUGCUUUAGUGAUGAUGCGAACAAUCGUGGAAAUCUGUGAUCUGAAAUUAUUAUAUCUGUGUGUCCAGACUGAACACCUUAGUCUCUGUAUUUAUCUGUUUGUCAUUUCUUCAUUUAGACUUUUUUUUUGUUUGUUUGUUUCAUGUUAUUUUUUUCUUGAACCUGAACUGUUACUUUAACACAACCAUCUCGUACAAAACCCUGUUAGGAAAUAAAAAACAAAAACAAAUGGGGAAGUA